AUGGUGAAAAGAUCAGCUGAUCCAUCGAAAGGAGAUGAAGGAGACGGAGAUGCGGAAAGCAAUGGACUCAGUUCGAAGAAACCGAAACCGAAAGCUCUACCUUUCGAGUCCACCUAUCUUCGUGCCAUACCACGUGCCCAACAAUAUGAGAAAUCGUUUAUGCAUCGUGAUACAAUAUCUCAUGCUAUCGCCACAGUAACAGAUUUCAUAAUAACAGCCAGUGUGGAUGGUCAUCUGAAGUUAUGGAAGAAGAAACAUUCUGAAGGAAUUGAAUUCGUCAAACAUUUUAGAUGUCAUCUUUAUGGUUUUUCACAUAUAGCCAUAAAUCAUAAUGGUACGUUAAUGGUGACUGUUUGCACACAAGAUAAAUCGAUGAAAAUAUUUGAUGUGCCGAAUUUCGAUAUGAUCAAUAUGUUCAAACUGGAUUUUGCGCCGAAAGUAGCAGCGUGGAUACAUCAAGGUAAUGAUGUUAUGCAAGCGCUGGCAGUUACUGACUCGGAAUCGAGUCGUAUUUUUAUUUACGAUGGUAAAGGUGACGACAAACCCAUUAAUAUCAUCGAGAAACUGCAUUCCAAACCUAUUCGGAUCAUUGAAUAUAAUGCGGUGUUUGAUUGUGUGAUAUCCAUUGAUAUAGUUGGUAUGCUCGAGUAUUGGUCCGGUCCUAAGCAUGAUUUCCAAUUUCCGACGAAUAUCACUUGGAAAUACAAAACCGAUACAGAUUUGUACGAAUUCGUAAAGUUGAAAUCUGCACCGCGAUGUUUGGUGAUAGCGCCAGAUGGUCGACGUUUCGCUGCGGUGGGCAUAGAUCGCCGAAUAAGAAUAUUCGACUUCAUGACUGGAAAACUGCAGAAAACAAUCGAUGAGACAUUGCAGUCGUACAUGGAACAAGCAAAGCUGAAUAAGCAUUUCGGUCUACAAAAUAUGGAAUGGAAUCGGCGCGUAGCGUUGGAAAAGGAGUUGGAUCGGGAUGAGAAUACAUUUCAGCAUAUGUCGAUUUGUUUCGAUGAGACGAGUAAUUUUCUGAUAUACCCGACACCGGUCGGUAUCAAAGUGGUGAAUCUGUUCACUGACGAAACAGUUCGGGAGAUCGGUAAAGGAGAGAAUAUUCGAUUUUUGGGUGUUUCGUUGUGCCGUGCCGUACCAGAUGUUAGGGAACGCUUGCAGGUGGUAGUUAGUUUUAUUUUAAUGGGUCUUUUAUCGUUGCUCUUUCAAAGUGCCUCUUUGCAGCAAGACCUUCCCGAGUCGCGUAUCACCGAUCACGCCAUCAUACACACGACCUAUGGCGAUAUUCAUAUUAAAUUGCAUCCGCACGAGUGUCCCAAAGCCGUCGAGAACUUUUGUACGCAUGCGAGACGGGGCUAUUAUAACGGGCACACGUUCCAUCGUGUUAUUAAAGGCUUCAUGAUACAGACAGGCGACCCGACCGGGAAGGGAACUGGUGGGCAGUCGAUAUGGGGCGACGAUUUCGAGGAUGAAUUCCAUCCAAGACUGAAACACGACAAACCGUUCAUGGUGUCGAUGGCUAACGCCGGUCCGAACACGAACGGCUCACAGUUCUUCAUCACGGUCAUACCGGCCGAUUGGUUGGACGGAAAAAACACUCUUUUUGGACAGGUGACGGAGGGUUUCAACGUGGUUCAAAAGAUAAGUCAAGUGAGCACUUACGAGAAGAGUGGACGACCCAAGGAGGAAAUCAGUAUCAUUUCAAUAACGCUGAAGUAG